UCCUCUGGCGCCGCCGGCCGGUGAGUCGCGGAACUGCGUCAGUCUUUGUGCCGCCGCCAUCUUGACCAGGAUCCGGAUAAUCACCACCUGAACACACUGAUUUACAGCAAAUACACACAACUACAGAGCGGCGAUGGCCACUGCACCCUACAACUACUCCUACAUCUUCAAGUACAUCAUCAUCGGGGACAUGGGCGUAGGGAAGUCCUGCUUACUGCACCAGUUCACAGAGAAGAAAUUCAUGGCCGACUGUCCACACACCAUCGGCGUGGAGUUCGGCACCAGAAUCAUCGAGGUGAGUGGUCAGAAGAUCAAGCUGCAGAUCUGGGACACGGCGGGUCAGGAGCGCUUCAGAGCCGUCACACGCAGCUACUACAGAGGAGCGGCGGGAGCGCUGAUGGUCUACGACAUCACCAGGAGAAGCACAUACAACCACCUCAGCAGCUGGUUGACUGAUGCCAGGAACCUCACCAACCCCAAUACCGUGAUCAUACUCAUAGGAAACAAAGCGGAUCUGGAAGCGCAGCGAGACGUGACGUAUGAGGAAGCUAAGCAGUUUGCUGAAGAGAACGGUCUGCUGUUCCUAGAGGCCAGUGCUAAAACAGGUGAGAAUGUGGAGGACGCUUUUCUGGAAGCAGCCAAGAAGAUCUACCAGAACAUUCAGGACGGCAGUUUGGAUCUGAACGCUGCCGAGUCUGGCGUGCAGCACAAACCGUCAGCGCCGCAGGGCGGCCGGCUCACCAGCGAACCACAGCCGCAGAGGGAAGGGUGUGGCUGUUAAUGACCUUCAUCCUCCAAACCCGCCCACCACAACCAUCCUCCUCCUCCUCCAUCACACGCGCUUGCGGCCUCGGCCCGUCCCAGAGAGCCGCGGGAACCACAGAGGGGAGGAUCACGGCUACAUGCGCUCAUUUCCUCCUUCUGUCUCUCUCUUCAUCUGUCCAUCCUCACUCUCUCUGGUCGGUGUGUUCUUACGCUCCCAUCCUCAUCAUCCUCUGACUGCACUAACCGCUGCUCAUCACGUCACACACAUCAGUUCAGCCUCUUUUUAUUGAUUGAUUUUAUAGCUCAACAGUGUGACGUGACAGAAGUGAGACCUGCGCAGCAGGAAGUGGUUGAACGUGGUGUGGAUUAAUAAUCCAACAUGCUGCUGCUGCUGCAUGGGUUGCAUUCAGAUCGUUUUAAUAUGGUUGUGAUGCAUUAAGAGUGGUCAGUCACCUACAGGGCGCCCUUUUGACACUCCUGCAGCUAAAAAGCUUAGGUCGAGGGUGCAAAAUAAUGCAUCGCAUUUUUAUACGCACCUGUGCUCAGAAUAACGCAUUGCGUUUUUUAUGCAUCUGUAAAUGCGCAGUGGUCGUAUUGAUUCCACUGAUCCCAGAUUAGAACCCUAAUGAAACGUCUCAAACUCGCAAUCACGUGCAUGUUCACAUGCGAGAGCAUGAGUCGGUUUGGGUCGGACAGCUUUAUGAAUCAAAGACACUUUACGGAAAGAUUGAUUCUUUCAUUGCCCCUGUCUCCUCUUCUGCUCCAUCAUAUCAAUAUACAUUCGUCUGUCCUCACCACCAUUAUUUUAUGUUGCCUUAUCGUUAUCAUUCAUGUUAAUAUUAUUACUAUCACCGUUUAAUCUCAACUAGCUCAACAUGCAGUUCGGACUUGAGUUAAAUAAACAAACGGUUUUACAACACUGCUACUGUUUUGUAUAGAUCUAUGAAAUGUGACGGAAACGGCUCCAGUUGUGUAGGCUGUACAGUAAACAUCAGCGCAUCGGCUUGUAUAUUAACAGCACCGCCGCAACUUCCUCCGAAGCAGCAUCUGUGUCUUAAUUCAGUGUAUGUACCAUAUGAAAUCGGAUCUGAUUCAGCUGCUGUAUAUAAGGCUGUAUGUGUUGGUGAUGUAACAGAAAGAGCACUGACUCCUCACUCAAGAGUGUACAUCACAAACUCUCACACAUCCAGGUGAAGAGACGCUAGGCAAAUUCUCCUACAGAAAGUCUUACAGAUCUUGACUGAUCAAAGGCAGAAAUCUGCGAUCUGAUUGACCUCUUCUCGCUGUUCACGAGCAAAAACAGUACAUAUGUAUAAACUUUGAAGGAGCUGUGCUAACGUUUGAAAAUCUGUUUUUGUGUGUAUAUGAUUUUAAAAUGUUGACAUUUUGAUUUUAAUGAUGACAAUAAAAAUGCUCUAGACAGAAAGCGUUUCUGCAUUCAUCUGAAACAAUGUUUAAAAUGAAGAUGAGCAUGUUGACAGAAACAAACACUACGUUGUUCAAGUAGCAAAACUGCUUUGUAUUUUAUGCAACAAAAAUUGCACCAAGGUUACAGGAAGAAUCAACUGAAAAUAAGUGACGUGUAUUUACAAAGACGAGCAAUUAGUCUACAAAAGGGUGAGGCUUGAAUACACAUUAAAAAGUAGUGGCAUGAUUUUAAGAGAAAAAAAAAAAACAUGAAA